AAACAAACCUGAUCAAUAAGUGUUGUUUUUUGAAAUCCAAGUGUUUUUGUUAUUUAAUUGUUUCUAUUUCUAGAUAAUGGAUAAAUUAAGUGAAGAUAAAAUAGCUGAAAUCCGUUCAGUUACCCAGGUUGACAAAUUGGUUGAAGAUUUAAAAUUGGGUAAAGUCAAUGGAUGUUAUCUUAAAGCAUUUCGGACUAUGGAUUUACUGGAAAAAGGGGUAAAAGGUUGUGCCUGGAAUUCUGCCCAAGAUUUGAUUUCAAUCUUUACCUGUAUUGGUGAUCUUCUUUCUAAAGCUGACCCCAUCGAAACUGUACCCACUAAUAUCGUCUUGCGGGUAUUGAAAGGUAUCAGAGAUGAGUAUGUAACAGCUUCAAGUAAAAAUCCAGGUGAUAAAUCUAUUGGAUUUGAUACUGAGGAAUCGUUACCUAAAAUGAUGAUUAGCGACGAUUUAGCUACCCAUGAUUAUGCCCAGCCAUUCAAAGAUCUGAAGGAAAAUAUUAUAGAUUAUCUUAGCGAGUUGGAUAGUGAAUUGGAAGCAUCAGUUGAAAAUAUUGCGUCAAAAUCACUUGAACAAAUAUCAUCUGGCCAGGUUAUACUGACUGCUGGAAAAUCAAAAUCUGUCGAGGCCUUUCUCAAAUACGCAGCUAAAUACAUGACUUUCCAAGUAUUUGUAGCUGAAUCUGAACCCUCUGGUAAUGGCACGGAAUUAGCUAUGAAAUUGGCUGAAGCUGGUAUCAACACAAUCUUGAUUCCGGACUCUGCAAUAUUUGCAAUCAUGCCUAGAGUUAAUAAGGUUAUUAUUGGAACUCAUUCUGUAAUGGCCAAUGGAGGCUUAAAAGCUGUCAGUGGAUCUUAUGCUUUAGCUUAUGCUGCCAAAAAUCAUUCGGUUCCUUUAACUGUUUGUACUCCUAUAUUUAAAAUAACUCCAAAUUAUUUAAUUUCCCAUGAUCAAGUAGCUUUUAACAAAUUCGUGUCACCGCACCAAAUUUUGCCGUUCCACGAGUCUCCUUUCUCUACUGAAACGGAAGUGGUUAAUCCAGUUUUUGAUUAUGUCCCUCCUGAAUUAGUAAAUGGUUUUGUUACUAAUUGGGGAUGUUAUACACCGUCUUAUGUAUACAGAUUACUGAGUGAAUUGUAUCACCGAAGAGACUAUUUAUCUUGAAUUUAUCAUUUGUAACAAAGAUUAUCAAGAAUAAAAGAUAUUUUGCAACUCGUAAAAUUAAA